AUGGUCUGGAUCUAUAAAUUUCAUUAUGAUGAAAAUUUUGUGAAUGAUAAGUGGUUAUGGGAUAGAAAAUCACUUAUGAUAUCUGUGGCAAAGUAUAUUAGGCGUAUAAUACCUCCAUGGAUGAUCGAAUACCUGCCAAAAUGGAUAGUCAAUUGGCUUUAUCCACCCUUUCACCCUUUGCGCUACUACAGUGGAUAUGUUAGAUCACCCUACCUAUUGCUCUCGGUCGCAUCCGCCAUCAUUUCACUGUACCUACUCUAUAAGUUAUACUACAAUCUAUAUGGAUUUAAUCAACUCAAUGAUACAAUUUACACGACUGCAAGUCCCCAAUUCAAACACAUAUAUCAGUCGACAGCCCAACUCAAUACAAAGGCUACCAUAACCAUUGAUGACGAUGAUGGUGAUGAUAAUAAUGAGUGUGGAUCAACUGAUGCAACUGGGACGCAGGAGGAAGUUGUUCCAAAUAAUAUUGAUCAAAAUGAAAUAAUAAAAUAUUAUGGCGACCCGUUUGGGAAAUUGGAACUGUUCAGCACCAUUCGUAUGCGAGAAUACGUAGAUAAUUAUAUCAAGGAUAUGUCGGUAGAAAAUCUUUCCGAUUAUUACCAUUUCCAAUCAUCUGGAGAUGAAAAUAAUUCAUCUCCGAAGCUAGAGCCUUCAAGCAAAGUAUUAACUAGGCCUAAUUUCCCUCCGUUCAAGAAUAACAAAUUAAGUGUUUCAGACCGUCUUCCUCAAUUUAUCAACACAGAUAUGUUUUAUAAUCAAUGA